UUUCCGUUGUUCCGAAGAUGGACGUCAACGGCGACACGCAGCACCCGCUCUUUGAGCUGCUCAAGAGUCACUGCCCGUCGCCGGUGUCCAAAUUCCGGCCGAGAGAGAAACUCUUCUACACUCCCCAGGACAACAGUGACAUCCGCUGGAACUUUGAGAAGAUUCUCGUCGACCGAAACGGAACUCCACUCCGCCGGUACGAGCCUGGCUUCCUGCCGGCUGACAUCACCAGCGACAUCGAAGCCAUUAUUACGGGCGAAGGCUGCCUCCGAUUGAUAAUUAGUCAUCUCACUCGAACUCCAAGCGGCUUUAUCGCUUCACCUUCAACCUAACCUAAAAUUGAUGGUAUACGAACUUUGUAUUAUCCGAUUCCCUGAGUAGACAUAUUUUGUAUUCACUCUCAAUCCACGCCGCUGGCAACGUUUCGUGAUUACCUUGGCAAAACGUACUCACAUUCAGCACGUGCCACACAGAAAACAGUUUGGCUGGCACAAUACUAACCAUGGUUGUCGCCAUGCUUAAGAAGGAAAAAUUCAAUCGGAUGGUCA